UGAAUUUAUGCUGUUCAACGGUAUGCAUUGAUUUGUGCAACUCUCCACGUUUCGAAUGUCACCAUAUCGACCGUUAAGAAUCGUCCCUUUCUCUUUUGGUGCACCGUAACACUGGCUCCAUGGCAGAGUUGCAAAUGCCAUUCUCGGUAACAGGCGUCAUUGGGUGAAUCUGAAAAGUCCCUGCAGGUACUGGACCGAUCCACUGGAAGAUUACCAUAUCAGGUAAAAACAAGACGAAUCUUGCAUUGGUAACCGAGACGCCAUGCUAAUCCUGGCAAGCCCCUACAAUUUCUUUAACAAGAAGCCCAGCGAAAGACUGAACUAGUGACAGAGGCGAACGGGGAGAGUUGAAAGACUUUGAUGAAGCGACUCCUUUUUGAGAUUCUGGACCAAGAGUCUAUGGGUAUCAAUUGCUUCGCUUGACUCUUCUACCAGGCCUUCUCUUCCAAAAUAGAACGAGCUACCAGAGUCAUGAGCCUGUUUAGUGUUUUUCACCUGGUGGGCCUUGACUCAACUAUCCCCGGACUGCCGGCCGGAUGGCGUUCCGAUGGCCACGACGUCGUGAUGCUGGCCUGGAAUUUACCUAAGAAAAACUCGAACCAAGCGGUUUCGCAAUAAGCUCCAAGAAUCUCCAAGACUUCUAGGCUCAAUUUUCUCCCUUGUGCCUCCACAUCCACUACGUCACGGGGCCUGUACGAGCCCGAGGUGAUCGCUGCUUUUGCCGGAGAUGGACAGGGCCCGUCCGCGUUGUGUUAGUCGUACGUACGAUACCCAAUUCUAACACUGGAACCGCAAAGCUUGAUGGAGCCCAUAGAGUUUGCGAUCUUCAUAUAAUAACGUAAACCCGCCCUUCCCCGCGAAAGGCAUUGUUGAGGCUCUCCAGUUUAUCCCUGUACAUCUUGGAUCAUAGUCCCAUCUUUCCCACUUCCUUCGCUCGUUACUAAAGGAAAUCGAUAUCUUGUACCUGAUUCAAGGCAUAUUCCAGUCACUCACAAUCCAAUGGAGGGCAAUUCUAGAGAUAUUCAAGACGAACCGGACCUCGAAGUCGGACUCGAACCACCCAAGACUGGUUCUGGUUCUGGUUCUGGUGCCGAUACACCACCAAGUCCAAAGACUGCUGCUGCAGCUUUGAAGAAGGACAAGGCACGAGUGCGGUUCAACAGUAAUGCUGCCGCAAACCCUCCACCAAAAUCAUCUACUCCCCCUCCUGCUGCUGGAGGCCCCAUCGCAAAGCCCAGGCCAUCACUGUUGCGUGGCAGUUCUGCAGAGGCUGUAAAGACUCUUCACGAUGCCGAGCAUGAGUCAGACCCUGAGUCAAAGGAGGCGAUGGUAGCUGCCCAGGAACGUGCCCGUAUAAUGGCGGCAAACAUCCACAAUGAUUCAUCAGCCAUUGACAGAGACUCACUCGAAUCCAGCACUGGAACAGCCGCAUGGGACAGCCCUUAUGGUUCCAGUAUCCCACUUCAAACCCUCAACGAAGGUGGCAGUAGCCGGGAAGGUUUCCACAAGCUUCCAUCUGAGGAGCAAGAGGCACAUGGCUUGAAGGAUGAAGCUUUCAAGCUUGUUCGAGCACACACUCAGCGAUUUGGACCUAGCAGCACUGGCCAGCAUUCACCAGACAACAAGGACACAAAACAUGAAGAACGAGUUCCCCUAACCGAAUUGAAUGACGGAAACUUUGAUGGAGUCUUAUACGAUGUUCCAGCACCUGAACAGUAUCGCGGAAGCGUACUAUCUCAACUUUUGAAGCUCUACAAACCCCCAGACCCUCCUUUCAAGGGAUCGCACCACCGAGCUGCCUCUACCUCUUCAGUUCUAAGUGAAGCCGGUACUCCUACAGUUCAAGGAACGCCAUCUGGAGCAUCUACCCCAAAGCGAAAAUGGUACGAUCAGAACAAGUCCCAGGACACUCUUGCCAACCUGAUCGAGGCCUCAUCACGACUCGCCAACCCCAAUGACCCGGAUGACAAGAGGAAGAAGCCUACUGGAAAGAAGCCACAAAGACCUGGCCACAAGCGAACAACAAGCGCAAACCGCCUCAGUGGUCUCUGGCAACAACAAGAAGCACGUAUCACAGUUCAUAUCGCCGAGACUCUGGCCCGACAGGACUAUAUCAUCAAACUCUGCCGUGCUCUCAUGCUUUUUGGAGCUCCCACUCAUAGACUGGAGGAGUAUCUUAGCAUGUCCGCCAGAGUUCUCGAAAUCGAUGGCCAAUUCCUCUAUCUUCCUGGAUGCAUGAUUAUUUCUUUCGACGAUAGAUCGACUCACACCACCGAAGUCAGAAUUGUCCGCACAUCGCAGGGUAUUGAUCUAGGCAAGCUGAAGGAUGUCCAUCUUAUCUACAAGGAGGUUAUGCACGAUGUUGUCGGCGUUGAAGAAGCUACCGAGAAGCUCGAGACCUUGAUGAAGCGCAAGGACAAGUUCCACAGGUGGCUCAGGGUUGUCAUGUUUGGACUCAUGAGUGUCUGUGCUGCCCCUUUCUCCUUCGGAGCUCGCCUUAUCGACCUUCCUCUCAUUUUUGCUUUCGGCUGUCUUAUCGGAGUACUCCAACUUAUCGUGGCCCCAAACUCUGCCCUCUACAGCAAUGUCUUCGAGGUGUCUUCUACCAUCAUCGUCAGUUUCUUGGCCAGAACGUUUGGCAGUAUUUCGAGUGGAGGCGAAGAGAUCUUUUGUUUCGGCGCUUUGGCGCAGGGCGGUAUCGUCAUGUUGCUGCCCGGUUACAUGGUUUUGUGCUCUGCUCUCGAACUCCAAUCUCGUGCUAUUGUCCCCGGUUCAAUUCGAAUAGUCUACGCCGUCAUUUACUCCCUUCUUCUCGGAUUCGGUAUCACUGUUGGCGCAGCUCUUUAUGGAUUAUUCGACAGUAACCCGUCCAACACUACAACUUGCCCCGAUGCCAUGAACCCCUACUACGGCUUCAUUUUCGUGCCAUUCUUUGUUAUCAGCAUGUGUAUCGUCUACCAAGCCAAAUGGCGCCAGAUGCCCGUCAUGGUUAUCGUUUCAUUCGCUGGUUACAUGGUAAACUACUGGAGUGGACAGAGAUUCAAGUCUAGCCCUCAGAUCUCCAGUACACUGGGUGCAUUGGCUGUUGGGCUCCUUGCCAAUCUCUACUCUCGACUUCGACACGGUGUUGCAGCAGCAAUUCUUAUUCCAGCAGUAUUCUGUCAAGUGCCUGGAAGUCUUGCGUCUACUGGAGGAUUGCUUAGUGGUCUACAAGUCGCCAACUCUAUCACCAACGCCACUGGUGAGAUCAAUGGAACUUCCUCUGUUCAGUUCCAGCAGGGCUCGAACCCUGAUAACUUGGUAUUCAGCGUUGCUGCCUCCAUGAUUCAGAUCGCCAUCGGUAUCGCCGUUGGUCUCUUCAUGAGCUCUUUGCUCAUCUACCCUCUGGGCAAGCGCCGCAGUGCCUUGUUCAGUUUCUAAUUGCUUUAUUUGUUUCAAGUUCAGCGCAGCAUCAGCAUCGGCAUAAGCAUUGGGAAAUCAUUCAUCGUUUGUAUUACAGAAAAAGGUGUGCAUUUACAUAUAGUACAGAUUUGAGACAUGUUAUUUAGAGCGAUAAAAACCAAGAAUUGGGUACUGAGGUGCUUUUGGCUUUGAUGGCGUGGUCGUUGUGAAUUAGGUCUUGGUUAGGGCUGGUCUUUUGCAUAAAGAAUGGGUUUGAAUUCAUAGAAAGAAUGAGUGGUUGGUUCUGAUGAGAGCAUUCACGACUUGAGACAGGUGACGGGAGAUCAUAACAAUAUCAUGAUGUUUACUCCUAUAUCUCGAUACUUCAGCAUCGUCAGUCAGAUCAUCAUGCUACGACAACACGUGCCUCUUCCACUGGC